ACGGCACUAGCAGCGACACAAUAAUUAAUCAGGGCUCAUCAUCUCGCAAUCUCUAUCUAGGUCAACCAUGACGAACGGCUUCCUGUUUCGGGAGUACAUCGGCGCGCAGUUCACCGGCGUCCAGUUCAGCGACGUGCCCAUCAACUCCAAGCUCGCCUUCAACUUCAUCCUCGCCUUCGCCAUCGACUACACGCCGGUGAACCAGCAUCCCACGCCGGCGCCCACCAACGGCGUGUUCAGCCCGUUCUGGGACACGGGGAACCUGUCCCCGGCCGCCGUGGCCGCCAUCAAGGCCGCGCACCCGAACGUGGCCGUCAUGGCGGGGCUCGGCGGCGACAGCGUGCAGGACAUCGUCAAGGCCGUCUUCACCCCGACCUCCAUCGACUCGUGGGUGGCCAACGCCGUGACGUCGCUCACGGGCAUCAUCAACACGUACGGGCUCGACGGCGUCGACGUCGAUUACGAGCACUUCUCCCGCGGCGCUGACGUGAACACCUUCGUCGAGUGCAUCGGCCGCCUCCUGACGCAGCUCAAGAAAAACAUGCCGUGGAUCACCACCUCCAUCGCGCCGUUCGAGGACCCCGUGGUCCAGAAGUACUACCAGCCGCUGUGGGGCAAGUACUCCGGCGUCAUCGACUACGUCAACUUCCAGUUCUACGGCUACGGCGACAACACCGACGUCGCCACGUACGUCCAGUUCUACGACCAGCAGUCGGCGAACUACCCCGGCGGCAAGGUCCUCGCCAGCUUCAUGACUGGCAACACCACCGGCCUGAUCUCGCCGGACCUCGGCAUCAGCGCCGCCAAGGAGCUGCAGCGGCAGAACAAGCUGCCGGGCCUCUUCAUCUGGUCAGCCGACAGCUCCAAGAGGAGCAGCUAUGGCUUCAAGUACGAGAUCGAGGGGCAGCAGAUCAUUGCCAACCAUUGAUCUCGGAUCCGAAUAUCGUAUGGGGCCUCGCCACGCUGUGAUGGAUGAAAUUAUAAAAUGAAUUUAUCAAGGAAUAGGCACGCUGCUACGUGUACUAUUUCUAUGAAUGAUGAAUAAAUAAAGAGAUUGCAUGGA